AUGGUCCGCAAUCAAAAUGUUCAAAGGGGCCAUGCACUUUCCAGCUAUCAACCCCAGAUUCAGAAGAAGGCCGACACUUUGAUCAAACAGCUCCAUGACCGAGAGUCCAAGCCUAUCGAUGUCACCCAAUGGACUCAAUAUUAUACUUUUGAUGUGAUGGGCAAAAUCGCAUUCAAAAAAGACUUUGGACAGCUCGAGGACGGUGCUGAGCAUUUUGCAAUUACUGCCAUGCAUGCACAACUGGAACAGAUUGGUGUUCUCGGUGUGAUUCCGUGGUUGCUGCAUUUGCUCGUCCGUAUACCUGGACUCGCUGGCCCGUUUGCGGUCUUCAACAACUACACCAUUGAGCAAGUCGAGCAGCGAAAGGCGGAAUGGCACAAGGAUACUGAAAAAACACCGACUGAUGUCGUCUCCUGGCUCUUGAAAGCAAAGGAUGACGGCGAUCCUUCCGCACCACCUGGAGAUCUAUAUCUAUAUGAUGAGGGCAGACUUGCGAUUGUCGCUGGAAGCGACACCACUGCUUCAACCCUCGCACACGUUCUAUACUAUCUGGCAACUCACCCAGAAGUCUAUGAAAAGUUGCAAAAGAACGUUGAUGAAACGCAGGAUGUCCCCGACUUCAUCCAUUCCCUGCCGUACAUCGAUGCAAUAAUCAACGAGACCCUUCGCUUGAAACCAGUCGUGCCUAGCGGCCAAACAAGGGUCACGCCGCCAGAGGGUCUUUUCAUUGACGAAACUUGGAUCCCGGGGAAUACUAUUUUGGUUGUUCCUCAGUACGUGGUGCAACGAGACGCACGCAACUUUCCUCACCCUUUGGAGUUUAUUCCAGAGCGAUGGCUGGAGAAGGAAUUGGAUUUGAUGCAGGAUGACCGGGCGUUUUUCCCUUUCGCUAUAGGUAAGAAAUUCUCUCCCGAAGGACCCGAGCGACAAUAUGGCUUAUCUUUACUUCAAGGUCACUAUGCAUGUGCAGGCAAGCAACUCGCAUAUGUGCAAAUGCGUAUGGCCAUUUGGUCAAUUGCAAGGGAGUUUGAUAUCUCACUGGCCCCCGGGGAAGAUGGGAAGAGCUUCGACGAGGAAGCCAAAGAUACUUUUACUAUGGCGGUGCCUCCUCUUCAUUUGGUAUUCAGCAAGCGAAAGAGACCAGUACCGAGUCAGUAA